UUUUCAACAGGUAGAAUGGCAGAUUUAAAGAAACUGAUUAUCAAAGAAAAUACUAAAAUAUUGUCAAAAUCAACUCCUGAGGAAAGAUUCUGGAAGAAAUUUAAGUUCGCAGCUGCUAUCAAAGAGUUUGGCUCUGUCUCACACCUGUCAUUCUCCCAUGAAGCUCCUUACUACUACACUGUUACUUCGGGCACCAAGGUGAAUGUGUACAGUGUAAAGACUAACGCUGUUCAACAGAGUAUCAGUAGGUUCAAGAAGACAGCUUACUCAGGCUGCAUCAGACGGGACGGUAAACUGGUUGUAGCUGGGUCCGAGGACAACUCUAUACAGGUGUUUGAAGUGGGGACCAGGUCUACAUUACGUCAGCUGACAGGUCACGUGCGUCCUUGUCACGUGACACAGUUCGACCAGGACAACACUCACCUGCUCAGUGGGGCUGAUGAUAAGACUCUCAGGUGCUGGGACCUCCCUACAGGUGACGAGGUGUUGUGUAUGAAGGGACACGAUGAUUACAUCAGAUCUGCUGCUACUGUAGCUAUGUGUCCUGAUAUCUGGUUCUCUGGGAGUUACGACCACACAGUUAAGAUGUGGGAUAAGAGAAGUGGAGAGUGCACACUGACCAUGGAUCACGGGUACCCUGUGGAAAGUAUUGUGGUUUUACCAACUGGGGGCAUUGCUAUCAGCUCAGGCAGCAACAAGAUAAAGGUGUGGGAUGUACACAGGUCGGGUGCGCUGCUCACCACCCUCUCUAAUCACCAGAAGACUAUCACGUGUCUCGCUCUCGACUACACUAACACUAGGCUGCUUUCAGCUUCACUUGAUCACCAAGUAAAGAUGUACGACUUGAGCUCUUACAAAGUUACACACUCCAUCAAGUACUCUGCUCCUGUGCUCUCUGUAGGAACCACGGCUAAGAAUAGUCACCUGAUAGUGGGCUGUAGUGACGGUAUAGUUCACAUCAGGGAGCACCCUUCUCCUGCCCCUGUCCCUACUAAACGCCCCCUCUCUGCUAUCAACCCAGGAUCUGGUGGUUACUUUGCUAGGGGCAAGAACAUCCCUCCUGCCAAGAAAGAUGCAGUGUCAGGAGAGAAGGAAACUAAGAGGACUAAACUCGCUCAGUACGACUUACAUCUAAAACGAUUCCAGUACACCGAGGCUUUUGAUCACGUUGUUAAGAGUCGACACGGUCCAGAUAUAGUGGUAUCAGUAAUACAGGAGCUGUUCCGCCGUGACACGAUGAAGCGGGUACUGUCAGGACGUAAUGAGGAGACAUUACAGCCAAUCCUGACGUUCCUUGUUGCUCACGUGACUAAUCCAAGAUAUUGUAGUGUUCUCUGUGAUGUUGCUCACAUUCUUGCAGAUUUAUACUCACCUGUUCUUGGAAUGUCACCUGCAAUUGACAAAUUAUUUGAAAAGCUGAACAAACGACUGAAAUUUGAAAUAAAGGUACAAGAACGCUACAUGAAACUGCAGGGAGCUAUGGAAUGCUUUUUUACUGCGACUGGACUUUCUUGAGAGAUGAUAUUUUAGAUCAUUAAAUUUAAACUUUUGGGUUUUAUUUUACACGAUCAGGGAUAUGAUAUUUUAACUGUUGUAAUUUAUUCUUGACUGUUCAGUUUCUCUUUUGUAAGUUCGACUAUUUAUUGAAAUGUCGUUCAUUUUAAAA